AUGUAUAAUCCAUAUCAACAGCAACAAGGUGGCGGUAUGCCGCAACAAUGGAACCAACCUCAAAAUAGCUUCCAACAGCAACAGGGUGGGUACCCACAGCAACAACCACAGCCACAACAAAUGCAAAACCAACAACAGUGGAAUCAACAGAUGCAAACAGGAUAUAACAAUAAUCCACAAAUGCAAGGAGGGUUUAGUAAUCAACAACAAAUGCAACCAAAUUACAAUACUCAACAAUCCAUUAAUACCAACUCUAUGCAAUCUGUUCAGCCUCAGAAUAGGGACUAUUACUCUCAAAUGAACACUACAAAUUAUCAACAAUCUCCUAAUUACCAAUCCCCUCAACCACAAAUGCAACAACCAUUCACUCAGCCUUUACAACCACAAUUAACUCAAGGAUUGUUACAACAACAACCACAACAGCAACAACAAUUUACCCAACCUUUACAGCCUCAGCUAACUCAAGGCUUACAACAACAACAGUUUGGUCAGCCUUUACAACCUCAAUUGACCCAGCCUUUACAACCUUUACAACCUCAACUAACACAAGGAUUACAACCUUUACAACCACAAUUAACUCAAGGUUUACAGCCUUUACAACCUCAAUUGACACAAAAAUUAUUGCCCCAACAAACUGGGUUUUAUGCUUCCCAAUUUAGCCAACAAGGUGCCAUUGAACCAUUAAAACCAACCGCUACCGGGUUUGUAAAUUCCUUUGCCAAGAAGGGUGUCAAUACUGAUUUAAAGAUCCCACCAAUUAGAUUAACUUUUAUUACUGCUCAUGAUCAAGCCAAGUUUGAAACAUUGUUCAGAUCUCAAGUGAAACAGGGCAACAACACUAUCUCUGGUGAAGAUUGUAGAAAGAUUCUAAUGAAAUCAGGUUUGAAACCAUCUCAAUUGGCAAAAAUUUGGACUUUAUCAGAUACAAACAAAGCUGGCCGUCUAAUGUUUCCAGAAUUUUGUUUAGCUAUGCAUUUAGUUAAUGAUGUUUUAUUAGGUGGAACGAUUCCUUAUGAUCUGGAUACUAAGACUAAAAAUGAAGUCUCUAGUUUUAUUGAUAGAAUUAAUGUCAUGCUCGCUUCAAAAGCUGAGGAAGAUUCAAAACCAAAGACUCCCUUUGAUAAUUUAAUUAAUGGAUUACCAAUAAUGCAGCCACAACCAACCGGAUCAAUGCCAUUAACAAGUUUCGGUAUGCCAGUGCAAUCUACUGGUGGUGGUUUCAUGAUGUCUCAAUUAACUGGUGGAGCUUUAAACCCACAGUCUACCGGCUUUAUGCCCAAGACCAGUUUUGGUAUGCCAAUGCAAAUGACAGGUGGUCUUCAAUCUCAAAUAACCGGAGGUUUACUAAAUCCUCAAUCAACUGGGUUUAUGCCACAGACAUCCUUUGGUAUGUCCAUGCAAAUGACAGGUGGACUAGCAAAUCAAAUUACUGGUGGUGCUCUUCAACCUCAAUCCACUGGUAUCUUUGGCAAUAACUUCUUACCUCAAGCCACAGGUGGUAUGAAUCCACCAACUACUUUCAUGCAAUCUCAAGCUACCGGUUCAAUGAUAAAUAAUACUUUUCCAAAUCAGCCACCAAUCUCUUUUCCACAAGGAAAUCAAUUACAAUCCCAAUUGACCGGAAAUAUGAAUAAUAAUAUGGGAAUGAAUAUCAAUAUGACAGGGAAUAUGAAUAACAAUAUGAAUAACAAUAUGACAGGGAAUAUGAAUAACAAUAUGAAUAAUAAUAUGGGGAUGAAUAACAAUAUGACUGGAAAUAUGAAUAAUAAUACUGGUGGUAAUACCAACAUCAAUUCUCAGUCUCCUGUAAUGCCAUUACAACCAAGUGCUACUGGUGUUUUACCUUCAAGCAAUUUCAACGCUACAAAACCUCUUACUGCACAAAAGACAGGGUUUGGUAAUAAUGAGCUUUAUAACAAGGCUAAUUUUGGUGGAACUACCCCAAAAGUUGAAGAGGACACUAUUUCUGAUGAAGAAAAAUCCUUAUUCUAUAAGAUUUUUCAAACUUAUGAUACUAAAAAUACUGGUUUACUAGAUUCUCCAACUGCUGUUGAAAUCUUCAGAAAAUCAGGAUUGAACCGUGCAGAUUUGGAACAUAUCUGGAACCUCUGUGACACAAAUAAUAGUGGCUCUUUAAACAAACAAGAAUUUGCAGUUGGUAUGCAUUUAGUUUAUGAAAAAUUGAAUGGUAAGACUUUACCAAAUAGAUUACCUCCAAGUUUGGUUCCUUCUACAAAUAAGAUAUUAGACAACUUAAAAAAUCAAUUAAUGAAUACUGAACAAGAACAAAAACCACAAUCAACAAGAAUGAAUGCAUUAAAUUACAAAAACAAUGACGAACAAAAUAGCUUACCAAACUUCCGUAAUAGAAGAAGGACAACAACCGAAGAUUUAUCACAAACCAAUACGACCAAUAACAAUGCACCUACACCAGCUAAUAAUCCUCCCCCACCUCCUCCACCGCCUCAAGCUGCCCAAGUCUCUCCUGCUUUACCCACUACUCCUGCCCCAUCAUCCUCUCUAUCUCCUGCUCCAUCUUCUCAACCUCAAUCGUUAAAGGAUAAUGGAUCUCCAGGCUUGAAAAGUGUUCCUCAACCAGCUCCUGUACAACCUAUUGCUAUUGAAUCAGAGAGAACCAAAACUGAGAAUUUGAAAUCUGUUGAUCGUAUCAAGAGUGAGAUCUUAAGUCUCCCCGUUACUUAUUUAGUGCCAUCGACUUCUCUUUCCUCAGAUCUUCAAAAUAGAAUAGAAGAGAUUGUUAAACGAAUUCCAAACUUGUUUGCUGAAAUAUCUGACAUUGAGAAUGCCAUUAGUGAAUCAAAAAUUAAAUUAUACCGCGCUAAAAACCCAACCUCUAUUGUCGGUACUGGGCCUAAAGGUCAAAUCACAGAAGAGGAUAGAAAAAAGGCUAAAAGUAGAGCUGUACUAAAAAGUAGAAUGGCAGCCCUAACAGGGAAGGGCUCAGCUUCUAGCGAUUCAUCAGAAGAAGAUGAAAGACGUUACAAUGCAGCUAUUAACCAGAUUAAUUUGGAAGCACAAAAAAAUAUUGACAUUAUUAGCGAUGUAAGAAGCUCCAUUUCUGAAAUUUGUGCAUCCUUAGUAUCCACAUUAACAAAUGGAAAUAUUGGUAAGAACAAGGCAGAUUUUGAAAAAUGGGAAUUUGGUAUUGGUUUAGAAUCUGAAAUUCACAACUUCAUUGCUACUUUGAAAUCCCAAAAUAGCUUAUUCGCGAAACCUUCUAAUUUGCAGGAUGGAAGAGCAGAACUCUUGAAACAACAAGCUCAUAAAAAGAUGGACCAAAGGCUGGCAGAAUUGGGUAUGACUACUAAUAGCACCACAAGAACUGAUAACCAAUCACACUCUCUAGAUAAUGUUCGUGACAUUACUAGACAUGAAGCUCCAACUAGUACUUCACAACAAUACGAAAGCAAUACUGUACCAUCUAAUCUACAAGAUAGUGAUGAAGAUGACGAAGAGGAGAGGAAAUUACGGGAGGAGUUAGAUAGAAUAAAGUCCCAGAAGAAGAGUGCAAAAGAAAAAAGAUUAGCUGAAUUGCGUCGACAAGUUGAACAGGCUCAAUCAGAAAGUGGUGAAGAUAGCAAUGACCCAUUAAAUAAAGAAAUUCAAAGCACCACAACCCCUGUACAUACUCAAAAUAGGGUUGACACACCUGCAACUCAUAAUCAAAUGAUGAUGCCGCCUUCAAAUCCAGGUUAUCAUUCUAAUGCAUCAACACCAGUCACCCAUCCGCCUCCAAUGGCGUCUAAUAGUGCUAAUAACUAUGCAAGUCCAAAUGUUAAUAAAUCUACGAGCACCUCAUACUUUGGUUCUCAGUCUUCGGGAUCAAGUUUUAACAAACAAGCUGCUGAAGCUCAAAGAAGAUCUCAACGUGGGCUAGACGAUAGUGAUAGUGAAAGUGACGGGUGGUCUGAUGCCGAAGAAGAAACAUCUAGUAAUAAGGCUCCUUCUGCAACUACGUACGUCUCAUCUUCUACUAGUGGCCAAAUCCACAGUUCAAACACUCCAACGAUCCCAUCGAGUAGGCCAAGCACAAAAAAUAAUGUUACACCACUUAAUUCCCCAUCUAUCCCAGUCUCAUCUCCAAUAGCACAAGUUAACUCUAAUAACCCAUCACCUGCUGCAACUAUACCUAGCAACUCAAAUGAACAGGUUGCACUCCCACCUAUUCCUAUUGCUCCACUAUUACCGGAGGUUCAUGAAGAAACAGUUACAUCGCCUCCAAUUCCAAUAGCUCCACCUUUACCUGAAGUACAUGAUGAGAAUAUUACAUCCCCUCCAAUCCCAGUUGCACCUCCAUUACCCCAAAUUCAAAAUGCUAUCAACUCUGCUCCACCGAUUCCGGUUGCUGCCCCUAUUCCUCAAAUACAUGAUACUGAGCCUGCAUUGCCUGCUCCAAUGGAACCACCUCUACCAUCUUCUCACACUGAAAUAAGCUCACCUUCUGGUAUUCCUCCUCCCCCCCUCUUCAGCCCUUUCAAACGAAAGUACAUAUUUAGACGCUAA